UAUUAAUUUUCUUAAUUUUCAUCAUUAUAAUUAUUUUACAAAUAAUGGAAGAAGAGAAUAUAUCAUCGAUAAAUAUAAGUAAAACUAUUAAUCCAUUUCUUGGUAAUGUGCUAACUGAAUAUAUCCAUCAAUUUUAUUUUGUGAAAUUUCCAUUGUUACCACAAGAAAUUCAGAAGGCUGAGGAGUUAAGCAAGCAACUAUAUCAAGCAAAAAGAAAUAUUUUGGAAGAAAUAGGCUCUAUAAAGGAUAGCAUACUAGAGUUUUUGUGGUAUGGUAGGUAUGAUUUGGGAGAUCGCUUAAUGAAAGAAACAAGGAAAACCAUUGAGUACUGGCAAAAACAACUUGAAACUCAAUUUCCUAAAGGCAAUAAGGGUCCCUACUUAGAAUUGGAAGAUGCAUUAGAUCCUACAAAUAUGGAUUCAAAAAUUCGAAAAUUGAGCUACAAACUUAAUCAUGGAAGUAAAAAUAUGGCUGAGGAGAGAAGAAUUAUUAGAGAGCUUAAAGAUAUACAAAUUAUGAAGGAACAAACACCUAAUUAUGUCAAUUUUUCAUGGGAUCAAGAUCGUAAAAAGUAUAUACAACAGUGUACUACAGAGAGCAUGGAGGAAUUAAGAAGGAUUGAAGAAAAAAAAAUAAAACUAGAGAAAAAGAAGGUUGAAAUAGAGAAGGCGAUUUUACCUUUGGAAAAUAAGUUGGUUGAUAUAAACCAAAAGAAAGCCAUUGUUAAUGAAUUCAUUUUAAUAGCAAAGAAGCAACUAAAACAACAGAUGGUUUACUAUGAUGAAAAUAUGACACUGUUAUGCCAUGCCAAGAAGCUCGCAGCAACAAAUGAUUUGGUAGCACUAAAAGAACUAUGCCGAAAACAGGUCGAGAAAUUCACGUCCCAGUGGAACAAAGACAGUGAAUUUAGAAUGGGGUAUGAAAGAAGCAUCAUGUUAUUACGAGAAGGUCAGAGAAUUGGAAGAUUAUGUUCCAAAAUAACCGAGAGCAAGCAAGUGAUGAAAAUGAAUAAGCAAAGCUUAGCAAGAAUAUAAUCAUAGGGUUUUAUAUUUACAGUCUGUUUAAUUAUUGAUGACAUUAAAUUCUGGUAAUAAGAAUAAUUUAUAAUGUAAUUUUUUAUAAAAUGGAAUCUAUCAUUCCCAUAGUGAUAAUACUAUAAUAUAGUAUAUAUGAUCAUACAAGAUUUUUUCCACAA